AUGGCAACCAAGCAUACCCCCGUUCCAAAUGGCAUGACAUCAUUCUGGAGAACGGAGCCACAUCCCCUUGACAGCCACCGGUCUACUGAGUUCCUCCCGGAGGAGUGCGAUAUAGUCAUAGUUGGAGCUGGCUAUGCCGGGUCUUCGGUUGCGCAUCAUAUCCUCAGCCAGACUCCUGUUGGAGUCAAGCCACCUUCGAUUCUGAUUUUGGAGGCGCGUCAGGCUUGUUCAGGUGCCACUGGUCGAAAUGGUGGGCACAUGAAGCCAGAUCUUUAUAAUGGCAUCGCUGGCUUAGCAGCCGGCCAUGGCGUUGACGCUGCCGCCGAGGUUGCAGCAUUUGAAGCCAAGCAUGUUUCGUUUCUCAAGGAAUUUAUCGAGAAAGAGAAGAUUGAUUGUGAUUAUUCCGUCACAAAAGCGGUUGAUGUUCAACUGAGUGCAGAUCAUAGCAAAAGACUCAAGGAUGGGUAUGAGAAAUUGAUCAAAGAGGGAUGCGCUCCGACGACAACGGCGAAAUACAUCGAUACCAACGAGGCAGAGAAGUUCUCAGGUGUCAAAGGGGCAAAGGGGUGUUUCACAUACGAUGCAGGCCACAUUUGGCCGUACAAAUUCGUUCUGCAUCUCCUGGGGAAGGCGAUUGCCCGCGGGGUGAAUCUGCAGACGCAUACUCCAGUAUCUGAAAUCACGGAGUCUAGUGCUGCGGGAUCAAGCCAUCGCUGGACAGUGAUGACUGCCCGGGGCUCCAUUUCUGCCAAAACCGUUGUUCUGGCAACGAAUGCCUACACCUCCUCUCUGGUUCCGCAAUACAAGGACAAGAUCAUUCCCGUACGAGGGACUUGUAGUCGAAUCAUUGUUCCCCCAGGUACAACAGCUCCUCGGCUAACGAACACGUAUACUCUCCGUUGGAACACCUGGAACUAUGACUACCUCAUUCCCCGCGGCGACGGUAGCAUUGUCGUUGGAGGAGCCCGACCGACCUUUAUCGACGACCUGGAUAGCUGGUACAAUGUCAGCGAUGACAGUCGAGUACUCGAGCCAGCUGUUCGUUACUGGGAUAACUAUAUGCAGCGCAAUUUCAUUGGCUGGGAGAAUAGUAAUGCUUAUACUGACAGAGUAUGGACUGGAAUCAUGGGCUAUUCAUCUGAUGGUUUACCACAUAUUGGCCCUGUCCCUGGACAGCAGGAUCAGUAUAUCAUUGCUGGCUUCACAGGGCACGGGAUGCCACAAAUCUUCCUUGCAGCCGAGGGUUUGGCGAAAAUGGUACUCAACGAUGUUGCAUUUGCGCAAACUGGUCUACCGCGACUGUUUGAGUCUACUUCAGCUCGCUUGGAGAGCCGGGAAAACAAAAUCUUCGCCAGUACUCCGGGAGGUGGGAAGCCGCAGGCUCGUUUGUAG